UGACUCGCCCUGGCGGAAAAGAAUCACAAAGUUCUUUCGAACUGAGUCGUUCGAAUGAACCGAGUCGCGAAAAAGAGCCUUUCGUGAUGCCAUGGAAACGCGACGCUUUCCCGUAUUGGGUGUUAUGAACGAUCUCGAGAACAUAAGAGUUUGUUAGCGGUAAAAACAAGACAAAACAUGCCUCGCAAAGCGGUUAAAGUGGUCGUCGAACUCCACCUGAGGGCGAUAACCUGUCCAGGGGUGCAUUUACCAGCCAAAGAUGAUGUUUACGUCAGUGUGAGUCUGAUGCACAAAUACAGGAAGACUGAAUGCCUCCCUGCGGUCUUUCCGUUACUGAUCCGGGAGAAAAUACGGUUUGAAAAGACACUGAGCCACGCCACCGAUCCUGCAGCUAUAGCCGACUUCCUGCAGUGCGAAACAGUGAAAAUUGAACUCAUUCAGUUGAUUCCUCCAGCUGGAGAAACACUGGCCAGUUUCGAGGUGGAUGCUCGAAGUUUUCUUUUCCCCGAACCGAAGCUCGUCCCGUCUUUCUCUGGAGUCGAGAGAGAGGUGUUAAUGACACGGCAUCCCACUUUUCCUGGUAUCUCUCCGAGAUUAGAGUUUUCCACGAAGACGACGUUCAGUGAAAUCUCCGCCGACGGUGAUCUCCCGACUGUCCCUGCGAGGGCAAUGACGAGAAAAAGGUCUCAGAAACGAGGCGGCGCUUCAUCCCGAAGACAUCUCUCUUUUUCUCCGUGCAGCCGAAGAGAACGUCACGACAGAGACCAGGUUCAGAGGUCACGUGGACGGUCCUCUUCUCAUCGUUCACCCGUCUCUGAUAGAAACACCAGACUGAGGAGUCUGUCACCGAAUCAAACAAAACCAUCAGGAGAAUCACGAGACAAAAGAAGGAGCUAUUCCAGACCUUGGAUGGCCGAUGAAGACUCUUCAGACACAGACGAUCUCCUCGACUACGCAGAGGAAGUGGGACGACAUCAUUUCCUCACGGGAUCUUCAAGAUACUCCAGCACAGAUCGCCAGAGGCACAAUGGAUCUCUCUUGGGUUCUCCUGACCUGUGGGAGGAGGUUCAGGAACGGGUUCAGAACCUUUUAACGUCUCCCAAAGCGGUCCAUAGACUAGCCUGUGGUGCCACUGACUCCGAGAUAGACGAGGUUUUGACACGCAGAUCUGUUUUGGCCCACUCAUGCCCGUUCUGAAGUGUGACUCUGUUCUUCUUUUUCUCCACAGACGAAUCAGAAGACUGGGAUUUCCACGGCAUUGCAUUCGUUUCUAUUUAGUUAUGGGUGCGUUUGUUUGUAUUGCAGCUUUGAAAUGAAACCGUGUGUUUCUAGUGUUUUUCAAGCUUGGUGGUAUUUAACCUUGUUUCUGGCAGUAGUCCAUAAAUAAAGAA